CUUGUGCUAUAAUGUAUCUGCACAUUAAAAUAAAUACAUACAUGGGCCAGUUUCUAGAUUGUUUUCAAGUAUCUUUUGUUUCGUUGAAAAAAGUCAGUAAUAUAAUAAAACAAGAUGUCAUCAUCAUUCAAACCGUUUGCGUUUUAAUGUUUAUAAUUGGUUUAUUGGUCCACCUGAAUUGUUUGUUAUUGAACGUAUUCAAUGCCAAGGAGAGCAUCUAUUAUCCAGCCGCAUAUUUGGAGAAUAAAUACGUUAUGAUACUUUUGUUACUGCCCCAAUGGUUCAUGAUGACUUACGAAGAGCUUUAUAUCGUUUGGGCCGUAUUUUACUUCGCCAUACAUUUGAAGUUUCAAUUGGACGCAUUGACUCGGUAUUUGAAAGAGAAAAUAAUUGAUUUGCAAGUAGACGAACGGAUAUGCAUGGAGGACAAACACUAUCAGGAUAUCGUCUAUAGACGUUUAAGAUUUUGCGCACAGCGUCACGUCAAAUUGAAACAGAUAUUUGAAGAAACAGCAUGCAAAGUAGCAUCAGCAGCUCUCCUACUUUCAAUAUUCACUGGAUCAUUGUGCGUCAUUGCAGCCCUUUACUUUAUUUUGAACAAUGUUAAUCCAAAGUUUAAUUCCAUUAUGUAUGGAGUACUAAUAAAUGCAACACUGUAUCAUUACUCUGGGAAUUACUAUGGACAAAAGAUUAUAGAUGCGUCUGAGAAUUUCUACAGCGAAUUGAUAAUGUGUCCCUAUUACUACUGGAACAAGAGAAAUAGAGGCAUUCUGCAAAUGUUAUUAAACGGAUCAAAAACACCUGUUGCAGUAAGUUGCUAUGGAUUAUCAGAAAUAGGUUAUCCCCUAAUGCUAAGUGGAGUCCGUUUUUGCUAUUCAGUCUUCGCUUUGAUAAAAAAUUUCUAAUAAAUAUGGAAAUAAUAAGCAAAACAAUUUAUUCGAAAGAAUUAGAUAGUUAUCAUUCUUACUUCGGAAUUCUGUAAAACAAAACAAAUUCUGAAUUUUAAAAAAAUUCAUUGAUCAAAAGGUACCAUUGGAUCAUCAUGCAAGAAGUCAUAUAGAAAAUAAGAAAGAAGAAUCACAUAAAAUCUUGCAAAUAAUACCUUCACAAUAAGUUUC